AUGAGCAACAUCGUAACAUCAGCGAGUAACGUAAGAGAAAUGAGAAAAAGAAAACGCGACAUUCACGAGCGAAGGAAACCGUUGCCGACCCGCGCGAGCCCGAGGCCCCGUCGAGAGGCCAAGUCUCUUGAGGCCCAUCUAAACUUUGAGACCUCUCGAACGCCCUUUAAGGACUUUCCGAAUAAGUUGGUAGCUGAAAUUCAACAAUUAUGUCUUAUACUCCACCAAGUUUCGGUCAACAGCCCAACUCUUAAACAUAGCAGGCGGGAAGUCAGAAUGGGUGGCGGCUCAGAGGGCCUGGGCCCGACGAGGCGCCUUGCAAGCAAACUUCUCCUUCUCUGUCUCUUUUCAUUGUUUCACGGUGACGGCGCUUCCGCCGUGGUGCCUCUCCGAAAGUGGGGGUCGAACACUCAGGCCGGCCUCUUCCCUUCAACAGCGUCGCCAAGUGUUGCUGCAGGGGGCCUCACUCCAGCAGCCACUUUUAGUCAGUACCGUCUGUCAGGUGAAAAAGAAAACCAGAAUGCAGGUGCAGCAGCUGAUAUCGAUGUUCUGGGAAAUCAAGAGGGAAUGGAGGAGGACGCUCCAUCCUUCAGUGAUAUGGGAAGCUCCUACAGCGGACUGCAACCAUACAAAAUUGGCUUGCAGCCCUUUUAUGGAAUUCAUGGGCCCGAAAAAGGGCUGUUUUCCGGAGAAAGGCGAUGGAAAACAGCGGCGGCUGCAUCUGCAGACGGGUUGAGACACGGAAACAAGGGCAUUUCGGCCCUACAGCUGGCAGCGCAGCUGCAACAGGACUCUGACGCACAAGAAGGCAGCAACGCAGCUAAAGAAACGGAUAAAACUUCAGAUGCAGAAGAUAAAGAAACGGAAGACAGCACGAACAGGUCAGACGAAGGAGGAGAUGGCGACAACAGCAGCAACAGCAGCCGCAGCUCAGAUAACGCAAACACAUCAGCCAGUGAGAGCUCCGAAGCCGCCAGCAGCGCCAGCAAGAGCUCGGCACAAGGAACAGAGGAAACUCCUGAGGCCACUUCACAGGCGGCAGCAGCGCCAAGUGCUUCUACUGAUAAGGGAGAGAAGGGAGAAAAGACAGAGGGAGGGGAGGAAGAGGCGGAAGAGGAGGAGAAACAAACAACAACAAAGGAACCCGCUGAGACUGAGACGGCUGCUGAAGGUAAUUCUGCCUCAACUGCUUCCGAAUCUCGUCAGCAGCAAACGACCGAAACAGCAAAAGAAGCCCCAGGCACAGCAGCAGGCGAGGCUGAGGGGGCCAGUAGCGGUGGGGAGGCAACUGCCCCCAAUGAAGAGACAAGCAAAAAGGAAGCACGCGAAGGGGAAGAGGGCUCUGAGGCUGAAAAGGAAAAGUCUGAAGAGGAACAGGAAGGGACAGAAGAAGAAAAGGAAGGGAAAGCGGCUGAAGGAGAAAAACAGGAACAGACGGAAAAGGAAACGAAAUCUGAGGCAGAAACAAAAGGAGCAGAGACAGAAGAGGAGGCAGGAGGGGAAGAAGAGACCAAGGAAGGGAAGGCAGCUGAAGGAGAGAAGCAGGAGCGGACAGAAAAGGAAGCAAAGUCCGAGGAGGAACCAAAGGAAGCAGAGGCGGAAGAGGAGGCCGAAGAGACCCCCACAACUGAAAAAGAAGAAGCGGCAGCCCCCAGCGAAGCUGACAACAAACCAGGGACUGCACCCCAAAAUCAGCCUCACACGCCAGCGGCAACAGAAGCAGCAGGGGGAGCAGCACCACCUCAGGAAGCAGCAACACCACCACCUGAGGCUGCAGCUCCACCUCCACCAGCACAAGUGGCAACACCAGUACCAACGACAGCAGAGCAACAAGGAGUAUCAGCUGAAGCGGCAGCACCACCGGCAGAAGUGUCGACAGCCUCUGAGGUUGCUGCAAAGCAUGGGGAGCCAAAAAAGGAAGAAGUAGCUCAGAAAGCAGCCGCAGCCGCGGCAAUAGUAACGCUGCCACCGGAGGAGAGUACCCCAGAAAAGGUAGAGGGCUGGGGGACUUCAAAACAAAAAGAACAAGGCAUCGAAAAGCCAGAAGAAGGCAAAUGCUACUCAGACAUAGCGAAGGAAAUAAUUGAUGAAGAAACUGCACUGAUAAAGAAGGCCACAGAAAACGUCCAUUUUCAAGAGGCUGAGCAAGGCUUUUGUGACGAGGUGUUUCGGCGAAUUGAUGGCCCGUUUUCUUUAACUGAACUUUCUGCACUACUGAGGGCUGCAGACGUCGCCAACUCGACCCACAGAAACUUUCGGGUUGUAAUAGCUGGCUGUGGCUUGCUCAUGAUUCGUGAUUCGUGCUGUUUAGUUGUUUUUAUUGUAAUUGUCGUCGCGCGUUGUCUCCAAAGUAGUAAUUCAUCCAAUCUUUUGACUCAACAUGCUGAAAGCGCCCAUAGGAAAAACCAUGGCUGCUUUGCCCUGGAACUUCUGUGUGACGCUUUUAAGCCUGAAUUCGUCAAGCGGUUUAAAGACAAGGAUAAAGCACUAGGCAUUGCUGCAGGCCGGCGACAUGUGUUUUUGCAGAACAGCAGUCCCCCUCGCGUUAAUGACGGUGACUCUAUCUUGCAUGCGGCUAUAGCGGCGAGGAAGCCCCACGUGGUGGAGGUGUUGCUGCAAUAUGGGGCAUUUCCAGAGCUGCCGGCUCUUCCCCACAAGACGAGGCCACAGACACAGACAGGGGCACCUCUUCAAAAGCUGCAGACCACUGAGAUGGCCAGUGGGACGCCGAUGCAUGCAGCGGCACUUGUACAGGCUCCUGACAGCGUGGAGGCAAUGGAGCUGCUUAUGCACUAUGGGGCCAAAGCAGACAGUAGGGACAGUUGGGGUCGAACGCCCCUCAUGGUAGCCGCCCUUCACCCCACCGCCCACUCUCACGAGUUCAUCAAAAGGCUAAUCCUGGCUAAAGCAGAUGUUAAGGCCACAGACAAGGCAGGUCUCAGUGCUCUGCACUACGCUGCAGCAGCAGACAACUGGGGAGUUGUGGGAAUUCUCCUGGACCACGGGGCGGACGCUGCAGCUGUCGAUUCACGCGGCAACACUGCGCUGCAUUAUGCUGCGUCCUUCAACUCCUAUACUGCCACCACACGUCUGCUGGAGAAGGCAGAGCUGGCCCUCAGCAACAUCAACCAGCUGAACUACAGGGGCAAGGCGCCCAUACACCUGGCUGCCGCCCCCGAUUCAUUCCAAGCCGUUCCUCGCCCCAUUGUCCCUGCUCUCGCCCUCGAGGCCCUUCUCAUGCACCAUGCAAACCCCAUGGCUAGGGACAGAAGCGGAAAUACUCCCCUUCACUUGGCCUCUAGGGGAGGAUAUGUGGAGAUUGUCAGGCGCCUAGUUGCCCUGACCGGCGCACCACCAGAUGAAAAGAACGCAGAUGGGCUGACGCCUUUGGCAAUGGUGGAGAAAGCGGGUAAAGGCCCCGGCCGGGAGGAAAUUGCGCAGUUCUUACGGGAGUACAGUCAAAAAAGGAGUUGCGUGGAGCCUCCACUGGUGCGGCACUCCACUCGCAUUUUUUCAGACACUAUGCUGGGGCCUUAUAUGCGCGUGGGAGACACAGUGACGUACACCUGCAACCCCGGCUUUACAAUGAUGGGCCACGCCACAGUGACUUGCCACGAGAGAGAUGGGAAAAUGGAAUUUGUGCCUUCAGCCCCUUUAUGUAUCCGCACUGUAGAGGCGUCCAGUGCUUCUGCUCCGCAUUUGGGCUUACUUCUCAGCUUGUGCGUAGGACUCGGGUUGGCGGCAGCUGUGUUGUCUCCGCUUUAG